UUGAGUUAAUAAGCAUUGAGUUUGAAUGAGAUUUAUUUGUAGAAUUGAGACCCAGUUCGAACCGUAGUCCGUCCGUCCUUCCUUCGGCUUUGCCUUCUUCAACGCCCACUCACAAACCUCACACACCAACACCCUCUACCCUCUUCCCAUGGCGGCUGUUGCCCCUUACUCCAUACCAUUUCAGGCAUCCACACACUCCAUGGACCUCAUUCCCAAACCUAGUAUUGCCCUUUUCUCGCUUAAAUUCUCAUCAAAUGCCAGAAGAAGGCUUCCGGUUUAUGCUCAAACUGCGCAUGGGGAUAAGCAAAACCACCAUCUUCUCUCCGUUUCAGAUCCUCCUCUCGCCGCCACCAGACCAAAGGUUAAACGCCACACAAUUUCCGUGUUUGUUGGUGAUGAAAGUGGGAUGAUCAACCGAAUCGCGGGGGUUUUUGCUAGAAGAGGAUAUAACAUUGAAUCACUUGCUGUGGGACUGAACAGGGAUAAGGCUCUCUUCACUAUAGUUGUAUCUGGAACUGAAAGGGUGCUACAACAAGUUAUGGAACAACUCCAGAAGCUUGUGAAUGUACUGAAGGUUGAAGACAUCUCGAAGGAGCCACAAGUUGAACGGGAAUUAAUGCUCAUCAAAAUCAAUGCAGACCCGAAAUAUAGAGCAGAGGUGGUCAUGCUUGAUUCUUUGGAUGUUAUGUGGCUAGUGGACAUUUUUAGGGCAAAAAUUGUGGACAUCUCUGAUCACUCGCUAACUAUUGAGGUAACAGGAGAUCCAGGGAAGAUGGUUGCAGUGCAGAGGAAUUUAAGUAAAUUUGGAAUCAGAGAGAUUGCCAGGACAGGAAAAAUUGCCUUGAGAAGAGAAAAGAUGGGUGAAUCUGCUCCCUUUUGGCGGUUCUCAGCCGCUUCUUAUCCAGAUCUUGAAGCAACAAGGCCAGUGGAUACUAUUUCGCGUACCAUAACAGAAACUCCCAUUGGAGGAUCUGAUACAUCUGCAGGGGGAGAUGUGUACCCAGUGGAAUCUUCUGACAUUUCAGUCAACCAAGUUCUUGAUGCUCACUGGGGAGUACUGAAUGACGAAGAUACUACUGGGCUUCGUUCUCACACUCUUUUCCUGGUUGUUAAUGAUGCUCCUGGAGUCCUUAACCUUGUCACAGGAGUUUUUGCUCGAAGAGGGUAUAAUAUUCAGAGUUUAGCUGUUGGUCAUGCUGAAGUAGAGGGACAUUCACGCAUUACCACUGUUGUUCCUGGAACAGAUGAAUCAAUAAGGAAGUUGGUACAGCAACUUUAUAAAUUGGUGGAUGUUCAUGAGGUCCGGGAUCUCACCCACUUACCUUUUGCCGAGCGGGAAUUGAUGUUAAUCAAAAUCGCUGUCAAUGCUGCUGCUCGCCGCAAUGUUCUUGAUAUUGCUAGUAUAUUUAGAGCCAAAGCUGUUGACGUCUCCGGUCACACUAUUACUCUCGAGCUGACUGGAGAUUUAGACAAGAUGGUUGCCUUGCAAAGAUUGUUGGAACCCUACGGCAUUUGUGAGGUAGCGAGAACUGGCAGAUUGGCAUUAAUUCGGGAAUCAGGUGUUGACUCUAGGUACCUUCGUGGAUACUCUUAUCCACUCUAAUUCCAGACUUGUUGAACUCUGCAGUGACGCAGAGUCUGAUUUGCUUGAAAGCCGUUUUCCUCUGUUCUUUGGUUGUUUGGCAAAGAUGAAAGAAUUUGAUAUUCUCACCUAAAUUAUAUGUGCAGAAAAUUUUGUCUUUUGUCAUGUCCGUUGAGUUCAGGGUCAACUGCAUCUUGAGAACCAAUAUUGUUGGUUUGACUGCUCCUUGAGAACCAUCGUUGUUCUAUUGAUGCAAGCCUCAUUAAUAUAUGACUGCUCCUUUUUCA